GUCGCCACCGCGAUCUCUGAGGCUUCGGUGACCAUACCUCACAUGGCAGAGAGAUGGCAGAUGCUGAUCUGGCCUGGCCAAUACCGCGAGCUGCACAUGACGCUCGAUCUACUACCGUCCGGGUUCUACGGAGUCCAUAUGGUCGAGAGAACCGUCAAUUUCACGGUCCAGUGGAGCAACCCAGUGUGGAGUAGCCUCGACUGCGACAUCAGUUCAGAAAGGGAUACAGUCGUGGCUCAUAUCAACUCCACCCUGGCAGGGCUCCCGCUUCCCGAGAUCCGCUAUAUGUCCAUGAGUGAUCGUGAAAUCCAAGUUGCUAGGCUCCCAGGCGCCUGGAUCAACAUGGCCCGUAG